AGUCUACCCCUUAGCAGCAUUGCUGUAUUCAUUCUUACCCAAUUACAAUGCUCGCGCAUUUUCCUUCUCUUAAUCAACAUUUUAUUUAUUCUACACAGGGUCUAAAGAUGACUAUAGCCCAGCUAAGCAAGAGAGCAGAUCUGGUGUCCAUUGAUGCCUCUGAAGAUGACAAGAUAUCCGCUAUGGUCAUGCAGGCUGGACAGGAGUAUAACCCUUCAAGGUACAUCGACACAAGGCACUUGAAUCGCAAUGCCCCGCCCCCACGAAACUACAUAUGCCACCACUGCCACAAGGCUGGACACUUCAAGCACAGAUGUCCCCAUUUGAUUGCUGAUGAGGAUAAGAUGGUGUACGGAGGUCAGCGUUUGAUGAUGAAAUCUACCGCAGGCAUCCCAAGAUCUCGCAUGACGACACUUGAUAUUCCUUUAAAGGACCUGCAAGCCUACCUGAUUGGCAAGAAGGAGAAGCCACCAUUUGUCAAGAGCAACACACCAGAGCCUGAAGAAGAGCAACCAGAGGUUCCUGAUGAAUUGCUCUGUAAGCUGUGUCAGAACCUGAUGACUGAUGCUGUCCUCAUCCCCUGCUGUGGCAAUAGCUUCUGUGAUGAGUGUAUUAGGAACUCUCUACUAGAAACAGAUGAUCACAUAUGUCCUAUAUGCAAUGAACAGGAUGUUUCACCUAAUUCUCUUGUGCCAAAUCAACAACUCAGAAAGUCUGUGCUAAGCUUUCAGAACGAGACCAGCUACGUGCGACGUCCGAAAACCAAGCCUCAACCCCAGCCCCAAGCCAAGGAGGAAUCACCCCCUCCUCCACCCCCACCCCCUCCCCCGUCAACCUCUGCACCCUCCACAGAACACACACAGAGAAGUCAAAGCUCCUGGGAGGAUGACAGAUGGCACUCAAGGUCAAGGGACAGAGAUAGGAGUUAUGACGACAAUUACAAAGGAGAGAGUGGCUCUUAUUACAGAGGAAGAGGGAGAGGUUCAUAUAGACCGUACAACUCGCGUCCACACUACCACAGAAGCUAUGAGUAUGAUUAUGAGAGUAGGAGGUACAAAAAUGAGGAAUAUUCUGAACAAAAUAAUGAACAAUCACAUUCAAGUGAGUCGGGAAGAUAUGAACAAUAUCAUCAACCUCCAGCCCCACAGCAUCCUCCUCCUGCAACAUCACUUGCCCCUCCUGUAUCAUCACAUCAUCCGCCACCAGCUGGCUAUCAACAGUCUAUGCCACCUCCAGGGUAUCCACCAGCAGUUAGUCAAGCUGCUCCUGCAACUCCUAGCCAUCCACCUCCAACACUCCAACAUAUGCAACAACCGACAACUCAUCAGCCUCCUACAUUGAUGCAACAUCCAUCCCAACCUGGUCAGCAUCCACCACAACCUGCUCAACAACAUCCACAGCCAGGACAACAUCCACAACAGCCUGGUCAACAUCCACCACAACCUGGUCAACAUCCACAACAGCCUGUUCAACAUCCACAACAGCCUGGUCAACAUCCACCACAGACUGUUCAACAUCCACAACAACCUAGCCAACAUCCACAACAGCCUGGUCAACAUCCACAACAACCUAGCCAACAUCCACAACAGCCUGGUCAGCAGCCACUGCAACCUGGUCAGCAGCAACAGCCAGGUCAGCAUCCACCACAGCCAGGUCAACAUCCACCACAGCCUGGUCAACAUCCACCACAGCCUGGUCAACAUCCACAACAGCCAGGUCAGCAGCCACUGCAACCUGGUCAGCAGCAACAGCCAGGUCAACAUCCACCACAGCCUGGUCAACAUCCACAACAGCCUGUUCAACAUCCACCACAGCCAGGUCAGCAUCCACAACAGCCUGGUCAACAUCCUUCACAGCCUGGUCAACAUCCUUCACAGCCUGGUCAACAUCCUUCACAGCCUGGUCAACACCCACCACAGCCAGGACAACAUCCACCACAGCCAAGUCAACAUCCACCACAGCAAGGUCAGCAUCUCCCUCAACCUGUCCAACAACAAGCCAGUCACCCUCAGCAGCAAUCACAAGUAGGUCAGGCACAAGCUCCACCUCAGACUACUCAACCUUCACAUUCAGGUCCACCACAAACAAGCGUUGUGUACCAUGUUCCAGCUGGACACCAACCUCUUGCCAGUCAACCGUUGCCAGCUCACCAAACACCUCCUCACUCUUCUGGGGCUGUUGCUCAUUCACAAGCAGCACAUCCCACAUCUGUAUCUGCCUCGCUGUCCCACCAAUCUAUGAAUCAGCAGGUGACUUACACCGUAGCUGGUACAGUCCAGACCAGUGCUGCACCUUCAACUGUACACCAAGUACAUCAUACAGUGGUAUCUACUGCUCAGCCGCCACCAGCCGCUUCCCAAGGGGUCUCACAGCAUCCUGCCAACAUAGAUUUCAACAAACCCCCUCCAGGUCUGCAAGCUGGAGCUGCUCCUGUCAUCGUAGACUUCAGUAAGCCACCACCCAGUCUUGAUGUCGUCAAUAAGGCACCUCAAGCCGAAACUGCAGUAGUUGGAGCUUCUCAAGCACAUGUUGAACAAAGUUCAGCACUACCUGCAGCAGCAACAACUCAGCUUGAAGUUUCUUCUCAAGAAACCAAACCUCAAACUCAGUCCUCAAGUGAGUCUGGUGUGACAUCCGAUCAUCCAAAGACUGAAUCGCAAGCUGAUAAACCAGAGGAAACACAGGAUGAUGUUGCUGCAGAGAUGGAAAAGUUCUGUCAAGCUCAGCAAAGGAAACUGCGUGGUUCAUAUUCUAGGUCAAGAAGUUCUGGGUCAUGGAGUUCAAGCAGAUCACGGUCUAGAUCAGGUUCAUGGAGUUCUCGGUCUCGAUCGUGGUCCCGCUCAGGAUCCAGCAGAUCGUUUAGUGGAUCUCGGUCAUGGACGCGUUCAUCAUCCCGUUCACGCUCCCCACAACGCAGACCACACAGAAAUAGAUACAGAUCAAGAGAAAGAUCAUACUCUCCCAGACACCGUCAGAUGUCAAGAGAACGAUAUAUGCAGAGAGAUAGGCAGUACCAAAGAAGAAGGGAUUUCUCACGCUCACCUCCAUCAAGGAAUUUCUCGCGCUCACCGCCACCGGACUAUCGACGAAGAGGAAGAGGGAGAGGCAGGUUUUACAAUCAAAGAGGUUAUUCAUACCGAGGUAAUCAAAGGUACAGACCAAGAUUUCCGCGAUAUGAUGAUCGGAGUAGACAUUAUGACCAAUACGAUGAAAGAUUCAAUGAUCAACAACACUUUGAUAGGUAUCAUCCAAAUGCUCCUCCGGGUCAUCAUCCAGGUGGACCGCCUAAUGGGCCUCCAGGACAACACGGGCCACCACAUGGCCCACCACAUGGCCCACCACAUGGCCCACCACAUGGCCCACCUGGUCCUCGGGGACCUCCAAAUGCCCCACCAGGUUUCCCACCCAUGCCUCCACAAGGGCCUCCUCACGAUCAUAAACAAGGUCCUCCACCAAAUUCUCAACAGCAGGGUCCUCCGCAAGGUCCACCACUCAUGCCUCCAGCUGGACUUCUCCACCCAUUACCUCCACCACCACUUUUACCACCUCCUCCCUUAAACCCCCCACCUGGUGUCCCUCAACAAGGCCUGCCUCCACCAGGUUUACCUCCACCUGGUUUGCCUCCACCAGGUCUACCUCCACCGGGCUUGCCUCCUCCUCCAAACUUUCCUCCAUUCAAUCCAGACCAUCCAGAAUUCAGAGGGCCACCUCCUCGACCAUUUGGAGACUAUCCCUUUGAUCCUCGAUAUGAUGAUAGGAGGGAUGAAAGAAGGGAUGAUAGAAGGGACGACCCAUACUGGGGACAUUCUAGAGAUUCUAGGUAUCCACCAGACCACCAGUACCCUCAUCCUAACGGACCACAACCUGCAUAUGCUGAUGAAGAUCCUCAUAAUAGAGAGUAUAGACAUAGAGAUCGUAGAGGAAGAGACCAUGACAGGAAUAAAAAUAGAAGUAGAAGUAUAGACAGGAAAGCCAAAGACAAAGAGAGGAAAUCUGAAGAUCUAAAGGAGAAGGAGAAAAAUGAAGAACGCAAAUCAAAGUCUCGCCAUGCCAGUGAAGAAAAAGAGUCAGGAGACAGGAGAGGUACUCCGAAAGAAGAGUCUGCUCAAAAGGAUCAGUUGACAAAAGAUGGUAACCGGUCUAAAGACAGAGAAAAGAGACUUGAACAAGACAAAGAAAGAAAAGGUGACAGUAGAGAAGUUAAAAAUGAGCAAGAAAGGGGUAAAGAUGCAGCCAGUGACAGGGGACAGGAUAGAGAACGUGAAAGGGAUCGGGACCAUGAAAGAGACAGAGACAGGGGGAGAGAUCGAGAUCAUGGCAGGGAUAGAGAACGGGAUCCUGGAAGAGUUCGAGAUGAAGAAAGACACAGAGAUCGCGAAAGAGAUUACAGACAUGAAAAGGAUCGGUUGCCUGAAGUGGAUCAGGAACGCUAUGACAGUGAAAAGGCAAGAUGGGAACCUGAAAGACGAAACCACGACAGGGAGCGGUAUGACAGAGAAAGGAUCAGAUAUGACAAUGAUCGUGGUUAUGAAAGAGGCUAUGAUCGGGAAAGGGAAAGGUAUCCUGACAGAGACAACAGAGACAGACACAGGGAAAGGGAAGUUGAUCGAGAUAGAGAAAGACCAUAUGAUGACAGGGAGAGGGACAGUCGUCGAGAUGGAGACAGAGAUCGCCAAAGAGAAUAUGAUAGAGAAAGGGAAGAUGAUCGAGACAGAGAAAGAUACUCUGAUCGAGACAGAGGACAGGACCACGAAAGGGAAAGAGACAGUGAUAGACAUAAGGAGAAAUAUAGGAGCAAGGAGAAUUCAGAGGAUCAUGAAAGGCACAAGAGAAGGGAUACUGAUUUGGAAAGGCAUAGAAGGACAGAAAGGGACUAUGACAUGGAACGUGAAGAAAGAGUAAGGCAUGAACAAAUAGGUGAUGAAAAGUACUUUGAAGAAAGGGAAAGGGACAAGGAAUCCAGGCACAGACAUAAGCGUAAACAUCGAGACAGGAGGAGUCAAGAAAGUGAACAUGCAAGGAGUGAUGAUGAGAAAGAAUCUAGAACAUCAGUGGACCACUCAAAGAGUCCGAGCAAAGAAGAUCAUUCUGAUAAAGAGAGUAACAAAGACAAGGAUGCUUCUAAAGAAUCUAAGCAAGAACCUGAAAUGAAAAAGACAAAGAAGAAAAAGAAGCAGAAGGAGACAGAGGGAAAAACCAAAAAAAUUAAAAAGCAUAAGAUUAAGACUGAGAAUGAUAAGGGUAAGCAGUCAGACAACGAAGAGCCACCUGAGAAAGAAAAGAAGGUCAAGAAAACAAAAAAAGUAAAAGAUGCUGAAAAAGAAUCAAGUGAACCAAAAGUUAAAAAGUUAAAGAAAAAGAAGCCCAAAUCUGUUGUUGUUAGUGAUGAUCCUGAUAAAAGUGCUGUGAAGAAUUCUGUCAAAUCAGCAGUGAAUAUUGUGGACUAUUCGAGCACUAGUUCUACAGCAUUGAGUCCGAAGUCUAAAGUCCCAAUACAGGAUUCGCCCUUACCCAAAGGCUCCAAACUUGAGGGUCGACUUGGAGCAACAGUUGGUGAUAGCAGGCGUGUUGUCGUUGGAAGAUCCCCAGAAAGAGUCAGAGAGAAAUCUCCAUCCAGACAUGCAAGUAGCAAGUCUUUCAAGAGAACUGUGAAACAGGUUAAAUCUAAAUCCAUCAGAAUAAAGGAAGAGAACAUGGAAGAAGAGGAAUUGGACGAAAGCGAAAAAGUCAAAGAAAAGCCAAAGAAGACGAAGGCUAAGGUGAAGAAGGAGAAGUCCAAGCAGCUGAAACGCAAAAGCAGUGAUGACAAGCUCAAGACAGAACACAUUAAGAAGAUAAAGGUUGAGAAAGAAGAGAAUAGUGAUGAGGAUACUAAAAUAAGUCUCGAGAAGAUUCCAAUAAAAGAAGAAAGGAUGGAUAGGAGUGAGGAAAAAGUAGAAAUCAAAUCAAAAGAGAAGAUUAAAGAGGAAAGGCAAGAUGAAGAUGAACCAAAGAAGGUCAAGAUGGAAAAGAGUCCAGUUGAUGACCAGAAGGAGACCAGUACUACUGAGAAGAAGGCAGGCAGCCCCAGUGAGGUCAAGAAGUCUGGAACAUUAAUAGACAUUGGUCAUGAUGAGGAGACAUUUGAUCCUGACUAUGAAGAGGAUGCUGAAGACAUGGAUCACCAUGAGGUUAGGAAACCAAGACCAAGUGUUGGUGAGGAGGACUCAGACCAUUCCACACAAAGCGAGGAAGAAGAAGAGGAGGAGGAAGAUGAAGAGGAAGACGAUUCAGCAAGCCCUGAGGACAGCCCAGUGAAAAAGAGCCACAAGAAACAUCGCAAACACAAGAAGCAUCACAAGAAACACAAGAAAAGUAGCAGUAGCAGUAAGAGGCAUGAAGAUGGGGAGAAGAAAUCAUCAUCACAUAGGCAUAAACAAAAGAAAUCCAAGAAGUCAAAAAAGAGUAGUAAAUAGUCUUGUUGUUUUUUCUACAUUUUUUAUGCAAGUUCUACUAAUCAUGGUCAAGUUCUACUUUAUAGAAUCAACCAAGGACUAUUGAAAUAGUACUUAUUUUAUACCAAAUUAAGAAGGACUAUCAAAUUCAAGUCUUUUCUCUUUAGAUCCAUUUAAAUUGCCCUCUGUGCUUAGACUAUGAUUUUUCACCAGCUGGUGGUUAAAUACAUGCACAAAAAAAUCAAAUCUAUGGAAGUCUAAAAAUCAAAUUAACUGAAUUGAAGAAAAAAAAAUAAGAAGGGGACUAUUUUAUGCCCAGGUUUUAUUUGCAAUCAACAUGCAAUCAACAUGUAGUGGAUGUUACCAUGGCCCUGGGAAGCAGGGGUGCUGGGGGUGCUGAAACACCCACAAGAUUUUCCCUGGGGGUGCUGCAUGUAUUAUUUUCCAUUGGCAGCACCCCCAUGAAUUUUGGUAGGUGUUAAAAAAUUGAGAAAUGUAAGCAAAAUAACCAAUAUUUUGUAGUGAAAACCUUUUUUGUUGGGGGGGGGGGGGCUUGUCAAAUUUCUCAGGAAAGAAAUAGCCUUCAUUUUGUGGUAAAAACCCAUUUUUUUUCCUUGUCAAAUUUACAUCAGCACCCCCAGUUAAAAAUCGUUCCCCGGGCCUUGGAUGUUAAUCAUGAUUUUUUUUUUCUCUCAAACAAACCUCAAUCACAUUUUUAUUUACUAUUAUUAAUAUGAAGUGCAUUUGCCUUGUGCUACUCAUGCCAUUGAGGUCUGAUAGGAUCGGUGAACAUUUUUUGUUCGCCCAAUAUAUAUUAUUGUACAACGCCUACUUAGCUUGUUGUACGCGAGCAAAUGGGAGGCUGAAUGUCAAACAUUCGUACCGUUGCACUGCGUUGCACACACGACGUACCAUCCAAAAUGUACCGUCCAAAAUGUACCGUUGCACGGCUUUAGGAGGUGACGUCACAAUACGAUUCAAUUCAUUGCGCUCGGUAAAAAUGCAGGUGCAAUACGCGUAUAGCCUGCUGGCUAAAUGCGCAAUGCUGCCCGAGGUGUUCGCUUGUGUGGGAUUUUGCUUUUCGCUUUCCAUAUUUUUGCUCCCUUUUGAUAGAUUACUGCAGGAAAUUUUUUUUUUUCCCAUAAAUUCGCUUAACUCCGAGGCGUUGUACAACACAAAUAGCGAAUAUUCUUAUUCGUGCAAUGGUGCGAGAUUUCGCAUUCGGUGAAAGUAAGAAACACUCUAUUCAACUCGGCUCACGCCUUGUUGAAUAGAGCAUCUUUCUUUCACCUCAUGCGAAAUCUCGCACCAUCGCACUCAUGCCUAUUCGCUAUUUGUAUAAUAAUGUACAGUCAAACUUGCCUGUAACAAAUCUUGUUGGGACAGAUUAUUGUAGUAUUGACUUGUAUAUCCAACAAAGUUUGACUAUAAUAGAUGAUUGAAGAGAGAGGUACCGACUCAUGAUUUCUGCAGACUUUAGGCUCAUUCAGAAUUGACAUUUCAAAGCUCAGCAAUGAAGCUUGACAACAAAAUUGUAAACGAAUUGAAAUAUGAGGCAUUCAGAAUGUUACAGGGCCUCCCCCCAAAAAAAAAGAAAGAAAAAGAAACUACAAUGUCUGAACUGUAAUCGUUAUGUCAUAGGUUUUGUCCACUCAACUUUAGAUGAUUUCCUAAUUUAUGGCAACCAUAGACAAGAAGUUUCAUUCAAUUCUAAAUAUUUGUUGUAUUUUUUAUGUGAUGCAUAUACAGAAAAUGAUGUUAUGACAAAAUCAUAUACAGGAUUGAAACUAUAUGGACAUUGUAUGUUUUAAAAAGGCAGAAAAGUAAAAUGAAUAUAUUUAUUAAUUACCAAUAUUUGGUGUGAUGGCCGAAAUAAGUGGACCUCUAAAUUGUAGUGUUAGAUGGUUUUUGUGUUUGUAAAGCAGAUGGGUUAUUGUGCUAUGAUUUUUUUUUGUGUGUUCCAAUUAUGUCCACAUGAAAUUUCGAACAAUUUAAGGGUGUUUCCUGAAUAUAUUGAAGAAUCAAUUUGAUCGCUCUUGAAAAUGGGUCUUUUUCAUUUUCACUAUUUUUGUUUGUUUUGUAUUAUUCAAGGUUUUGUGCAAUGAGUUUGAAUUUUAUACCUUGCAAAAUUGCUAAUAGCAAAGCACAAUAUUUCUUGUACAUAAAUUUCUUCUUUCUCUUUAUUACAACAUGAUUCUUUCCUUAAUUCAAUUUGCAUAUUUUUUUGUCUUUGAAAAUGCAAUCUCCAUCACUGUCUUGCAUCCCCUUAAAAAGAAGCAAUUGCUAAGUACACUGAAUAUAUUUUUUCUUCAUUUUCAGUAUUGAUAUGCAAACAUUUGUAUGAACUUAAAGAGGUUUUUGCAUUAUAGGAAAUGCUCAUAAAUAAUGAAGUUUUUACUUCAGCUGUUUUCAUAUCCACCCGAUCACAUAAAAUACCACCUUAUUUUUUAUCAAGAAUUCUAGUUCCAUCAGAAAGUCCUUGGUGUUUUACAAGCGUUAAAGCAAAGCACAUGUACUUGUAAUAUCCCUUUUGAAAAUGCCACAGGAUAGUAGGUUCUUUAUGGAAUUAGGAGAAAUUUCACAGGGAUAUAUGCAGGCAGUGUGAAAGCAAAACAUUUAGCAUCUAUUAUCUAAGACAAGAAGAAUGUACAUUAUUAUUUACAGGAAUGCGAGUUGAAGUAUGAUAAUUUACAAGAGCUUACUCUGGAUCAAUUGGAUGUGAACAUGGGAAUUAAUAUUGCCUUUUUUAGGCUUUAAUAAAUCAUGCAAUUUACAGGUAUUUUAUGAUCUGGUGGAUAUGAAAGCAGUUGAUGUGGUAGAGAUGAUGCUACAUCAUCAAUGACAGGUGUCCAAUGGAAUUAUUGUUCUUCAAAUCAAGCUUUUAAACUUGAAAAGAAACAUCACAGUCUAAAAAAAAUAGAAUUAGAGCUGAGAGCUGGAUUUCUUUUUGUAUGCUGUGCUACUAUUUAUGUGUUUUUCUAUUUUGGGAUAGGGUUUGCAUUACAUCCUCCAUUAUGAUUUUUUUUUUAAAGUAUUACGGGAAAAAAGGCAAAAAUAUGGAAAAGGGAAGGAAAGAAGAGUAUAUAAAGAGGUCUUGGUUGUUAAUUCCCACGUAUUCAGUUGAAAAAUGAAAUAAAAAUACUUUGUCUGGCACCAUUCGUUUUAAUCCAAUAUUUACUUUUCUUUUUCAAUUUACUUUAAUUUUUGAUAUUUCCAUAUCAUUGCGAUGUUAACCUUAUUUUUUUGCACACCACAAUAUGCUUACAAAACAAAUAUAUGCUGUCACAGUUUUAAACCUUGUUGAAUGUCAAAACUUUAUAUCAUCUUCACUCAUUUUCCAUAAGUGUGUCUCUUGUUUUCGAGAAAACUUUGGGUUUUUUUUUUCAAAUUGAAUGUACAACUUAACAGUGCAUAUUAUCUCCAUGGUGCAAGAAGAAAUUAUUAUAUUAUGUAUGCCUUAUGUAACAUAACAGGAAAAAAAUCUGCUGUAUGAGUUGUAAAUAUUUAUCAGGUGUUUCUUCCAAAUCAAAAAUCAAAAUCUGAAAGAUUUGUGUUUUAAUAUUUUUUGCAUCUAUAGCUUUUGCAAAUGGGUACUAACUGUACUAUGUACAUAGAGAAAAUUAUUUGUUCAGUUUGUAUAUAAUUUCUGAAAAUAAAGAAACAUUAAUUUAA